ACUCUGCCGCCAAAAUAUCGCUGACAUGGAGAAACAGCGGGGGAAGCUGGAGAAGGAAGUGGAGCGGUCAUCGGAGCCGGGGAGCAGCGCGGCGAUGGCGUUCCGACUGCGGGCGCGGCUCCAGAGCGCGUGUCGGGGGCUGCACCAGGAGGAGCUACUGGAGAGUCACAUCAGCACGGCCCUGAGGGCCAAGGAGCUGGAGCUGAACCAGCUGGAGGUGGAGCUGGGCAGGCUGUCCCACCUCAGGCAGGAGGUGCAGGACAAGGAGCAGGCCUUCCUGGCGGUGAAGGGGCAGAAGACCCAGGCUCGCCUGCUGCGGGCGACCCAGGAAGCCAACACACUGAGGAGGCGGAGGAGAGCCCAGGCGGCGGCGCAGCAGAAAGAAGAGGCCCAGCGACAGCAGCUGGCCGACCAGAGCCCAGCCAUCCACCAGGCGGCUGCUAAGUGCCUGAAGCAGUCCAGCAAAAGGGUGCAGCAGGAGCGGGCUGAGGUGGAGCGGCAGAGACAGGAGCACCUCGAGAGGCGGACCGAGGCGGUGAUGUCACUGAAGGAGAGCAUCUCCACUACGCAUGAGAUGCUGCGCGCCCAGCAGCGCAGGGCGAAGGCCGUGGCCCGGAGGAGGGAACAGGAAGAGGCGGGGCUGAGAGAAUCCCUGCAGGCCCAGGGUGUCAACAGCACCAGGCGGCUGCACCAACACAAGCAGCUGGAAGGGUUCCAGCAGAGAAAAGAGGAAAACGAGAGGAGGCAGGAGUCAAAGAGGGCGGAGAUCAUGUCCCGGCUCCUGCGGGAGGAGGAGCUACUGGCGAAGGCCCGGGCGGCGCCGUCCCGCCCCGCGCCCGGCGAGGGGGCUCCCCUGCUGGGCCGGGCCAGGAAGAAGGUCCUGGGCUACCUGGAUGAACUCUACCUCCAGCCGGCCCAGCAGGAGAUGCUUCCCAGAAGAAGAGAGUCCAGGGCUGAGAGCAGUUCCAGCCCAGAGAGUUCUGACCAGGAGGAGGAGGAGGAUGAGGAGGACCCAAGGCUCCACCUGCCCCAAGUGGAGCCUGAGUUCUCUGGGCUCUGGGACCACUCCUGCAAGAAGUCCCCCGGGGGAGACGCUGUGGUCGAGUGGCAGCUGGGGGCGGCCAGGUCAGCGGUGCCGGGACAGCCUGCUCUGAAGCCCAGCCGGCCCACCAGCGCGCCCAGCGCCAGGCCCAGCAGAAGGGCGGUGUGUGGGAGAGAACCGAAGGGGCCGCCCUUUAUCAGCAGACCGGAGCCCAUCCACUUUAAGGACUUUGAGGUGGGCAAGACGUACAGGAAGAAGGUGGUCCUGACCAACGCCGGCUACGCCACUAACCACUGCAGGCUCCUGGGAGUGUCCGCUCACCUCACAGAGUUCCUCUCCAUCAGCUUCAAUCCUCCGGGGGCGAUGUCAGCCGGAAUGUCAUGUGACCUGCAGGCUGUGUUUCACCCCAUGAUCAACCAGGAUCUGGAGGGAAAGGUCCUGUUUGAGUCGAACUCCGGACCCUUCUCUCUCUCCGUCAGCUGCACCACCAAGAAGUGUGAGCUCCAGGUGGACGUCGACCUGCUGGACUUCGGCACCCACGUGGUGGGCCAGACUAUUUCCCGGACCCUCACCCUGAUCAACAGGGGGGCUCUGGGCACCCAUUUUACCCUGGAGCCCUCCUCGCGUGCCUCUGCGCAUCGCAGACCAGAGAGUAGCCCUGGCCCACCCUCACAGCAGCCUUCCACCACUGAGGACGCCGGGACACAGCAACAGACUUCCCAAGAGCCUGAGGAGCCAAGGACUCAGAACCAGUCAUCUUCAGCUGUGUCAGAGGCAUCAGGUCCAGAAGCUGGUCGGGUGUCUGACCCACCUCCUGGAUCCGGGUCUGCCGAGGGGGCUGGCUUUGCUGAGGUGGACCCCCAGGAGCAGGAGGAGGAGGAGGAGGAGGACACCUCCGCCGACACCAGCGACAUCUGCUUAGGAGAGGUGAGAUCAGGGCCGAUCGGUCCUUUUGACAAGGUCCUUCUGGAGGUCCUCUUCACCCCCACCUCUCCAGGGGAGGCCCGGCUGGACUUCCACAUCCGCUUCUCCGACGAGACCUGUUCACCUAUCCCCGUCAGAGUGAAAGGAGCGGCGUUGGACGUCCCGGUGUGGCUGCCCCAGCCCAACGUCGACCUGAACAUCUGCAUGUUCGAGCGCCUCUAUCAGGAUACCAUCGUGGUAAACAGCAGUGCGAACACCGCUCUGGGCGUGACGUUCGAGGUGUGCCCAGAGAUGCGAAAGCACAUGGAGAUCCUGCCAAAGAUGGCCUUCAUCCAGGGCAAAUCCAGCUUCAGUGCCCAGCUCCGGUUCCUCCCCAGGUCCAGUCUCUCUGAGGACGCUAGUGAGUUCUACGACAGCCAAACAGGGGUCUUGGAGCUCCCGUUAAAGGUGCACGUGGCUGACCAGCCGCGGCCCGUCCUCUACACCGUCCACGCCGUGGUCACCACCUCCGACCUGACUUUCGACCUCGCCGAGGUGGACUUUGGCCACUGCUCGGUCCGCGAGUCAGUCCGGACCGGCGUCCGUCUGUCCAACCACUCCCUGCUGCCCCAGGACUACGGAUUCAUGGGCGUCCCCGAGUUCCUUGAGGUGCAGCCCAACAAUGGUUUCGGCACGCUGUUGCCCCUGGAGACGGUGGAUCUGGACCUAAUCUUCAGUGCGAGGAAGGCCAGGGAGUACAGGUUCACCUUGACCUGUCGGUCCGGAAUCAACAGGGAUUUCCCCCUGGCGUGCCGCGGCCUGGGGGUCCGGCCCCCCCUGGAGCUGUCCCACCACAUGGUGCGCUUCGGGGCCACGGCCCUGGGGGACGGCUCCGUCGCCACGCUGCACCUCAGCCACCCGGGCUCCAAGGGACCCCGGCUCUUCUCCUUCUCCCCGCCCCAGGAGUCUGAGAUCAGCGUGGUGCCCAGGGACGGCCGCCUGCUGCCUGGAGAGAAAUGCCUGCUCCAGGUGUCGUUCCGGCCCCGCCUGUCAGACCAGCAGAUCAGGGAGGAGGCGGCUCGCAUCGCCCACCGAGCCGUUCUCCUCCGCAGGCAGGAGCUGGAGAGGAGCCGGGCGGAGAAAGCAGCGGGGCCCCAGGAGCUCCCAGCAGGUAAGAAUGGUAAGAAUGGUAAGAAUGGGCCACGGCCCUCAGCCAAAGCGGCUACCAGUGCUAAGACAAAAGUCAAGCAGAGUCCAAUCCCCGAACCCGAAGACCUUGCAUCACCCAGGCCUGAAGACAUACAAGAGGGGUCUGAGGCCUACGAGGCCGGCCGGGCGGCGCUGCUCUACUCCUUCCCCGGCUGCCUGCGACGCUACGUGGUCCCGUGCUUCGUGUCGGACGGAGACCUCCCCGCGGACGACCCCCAGGCCCAGGCGGCGUGGAGUCCCCAGAAUACGCUUUUCUUGGAGCUGCAUUGUCCUGCUGUACAGCCCCCUCUAGUGGUCAUUUCAAACAACGGCCAGAACGCAAUCGACUUCCAGCAAGCGGCCUUGGGACAAAAGGUUGUCCAUAAGCUGACUAUUCAGAACAUCUCCAAGGAGUCUUUGGAUCUGAGUUCCUCCCUGCUGGACCCCGGGGGCCCCUUCCUCCUCCUCAACGCUCUGAGACGCCUUCCCCCCGGAGGGAGGUUCCCGCUGCUGCUGGCCUUCUGCCCCGCCCUGGGCAAGAGGCACUGUGAGACCCUGGAGGUGAAGUGCCGGGGCAUGACCCUGGAGGUGACGCUGCGCGGGGAGGGGGUGGAGCCUCUGCUCACCUGCCGCUGCCCUGACGGCGGUGCGGUCGGCGCCGGGCCCGGCGGUGGUCUGCUGGACUUUGGCUACGUGCUGCAGAAGGAGGGCACCGCCUCGCGGGUCCUGAAGCUGAAGAACCGUUCGUCCGUGGAGGUGCGCUACAGCGUCCUGCAGGCCAGCCUAGGGCCCCCUAGCACAGAGGACCGCCUGGCUGUCCUUCUCCAGGGGUACCCCGAAUCCCGGCCCAUCGUGGGCCCCCAAAACCACAGUGGGCUGUGUGUGUUCAGCGUGACACCAGCAGGGGGUGCUGUCGGUGCGGGGGAGAGCCAGGACCUGACCGUCAGCUUCCAGCCGGACCACCCGUCAGUCCGCUACGCAGACAGACUGACGGUGGAGCUUAUCAACAAGACUGUAGUGUGUGAGCUGGACCUGAGGGGGGCCUGCGUCUCCGGCACCAUGUACCUCCACGGAGGAGACACUCUGGGCGGACCACCCCAAGACUACCUUCCACAGCCAGGACCCAGGAGUCCCCAACUCCCAGGUCCCAGCACCCCAGUCCUGCUGACCCUGAAGGCAGACCCCCACGCCGACCUGGGCCCCCAGCCCGCCGUCAGGGAGCUCACGGUUGGCUGCAUCCGCCAGGCCCAGCCCCUGAAGAAGAACGGAGAGUUCCACUGGGACGGUCUCACGGCCCUCCAGCAGAGAGGCUUCAGCAUCGAACCCAGCAGGGGGACAGUGGAACCAGGCCACACACGGGUCAUCACCGUCUCAUGGACUCCCCCUAGUGGACACAAGCCUUACGAGGUGGUGCAGGAGAGUGCGUCUCUCACGCUGAAGGGAGAUGAGACAGAGGUGUAUCGGGUCACAAUGCUGGCCUUGGCAUCCACAUCAGACUCCCCAGAAGCCAAUCAGGAGAGGGGUUAACCACACACUGACCAAUAGUAAGCGGCGACUUCAUCGUUUAAAUAGGACAACCAGCAUCUUCACAACCAGCCAAACCUUUAAAAAGAGA